AAAAUACAUUAUCAGUGCGAAUUGGCCUUAGAAGUGCCGAAAAAUAUUACACAUAUUGUAAUAGUAAUAAUAAUAUUACCUAUAUUUAUAUCUACGACGAGGAAGCGACCCUGAAAUAAUUUGAUGAUAUUAUGCUCUUUGUAAGUUAGAUUCCUUUCGCAUCAAAAUAUAUUUCCACUGCCGCGGUAUCAGUCGUGCAAUGUCCUUGUUCAAUAAAGUGCGUAAGAAUUUUCUACACAUCAAGCAGAAUACCGAACUGCUAUUCAACAAUACCGGGCUGUGCAUCAAAAUCAUAUCGUGCAUGUUGUCCGUGUGCUAUUUCUUUUCGUUCUGGUCUAGAACAUCUACGGUGUUCGGUGUGACGCCCGGUUACUUAUUCCCGCCGUCGUUUUGGCUCUGGACGCCGUUCACGUUCUGCUUCUUUGAAUCGCACUUAUGGCAAGUACUAUUGGACGUAGCUGUGGUGGCCGUCUGCAGCAAGCUCAUCGAACCACUGUGGGGUGAACUGCAUGUGCUUAUCUUCUUUGCCGUCGUCAAUAUUGGUGUGGCACUGGCGUGUGCCAUCUUCUACUAUAUCAUGUACAUGUUCACUUGGAACCCAGAGCUGUUGUUUUCGGUUCAUGUACGUGGGCUGGCUGGCUACUUGGCUGGCGUCACCGUAGCUGUUAAGCAGAUUAUGCCCGACAGCCCUGUAUUGGACACGCCAGCGGGUCGCAUUACCAAUCGCAAUGUGCCAUUGUUUACUAUAUUUGUCGCAUUAAUACUCUGGUUUGUAGGCUUUGUUGAUGGCACCAAACCAACUAUGGUUGUCAGUGGUGUGUUAACAAGUUGGACAUAUUUAAGAUUCUAUCAGAGACACACUAAUGGAACUCGAGGAGAUAUGGCCGAUAAUUUCACUUUUGCCAGCUUUUUUCCAGUUAUUAUUCAACCUCCAAUCUCAGUACUUUCCAAUUCAGUAUAUAGUGUUUUUGUAAAAGCUGGUAUAUGCAGGAAAACAGUACGUAGAGUAGAUAUUGCUAGUGCUCCAACUGGUAUAACUGUUGCUCUACCUGGUAUCAGAUCACAAGACAUGGAUAGAAGAAAGUUGUUAGCGCUGAAAGCUCUUAAUAGCCGUUUAAUUGAUACUACAAAUAAAGGUACACCAAGAGUCAAUAAUGUGGAUUCUGAGAGAAGAGAUUCAGUAGUUAUAUCAAUUGGAGACUCAGAACAGUCAACACAAGCAUCAUCUAGUAAUAUGAUGGUUUCAAAUAAAACAACGUAAUAAAAUUAAUUUUCAAUUAAAAUAUAUAGAUACAAUAUUGUUAUUAAUUAUAUACUAAACAUGGACUUAGAAUAUGUAGAAAUGUACAACACUGUUUAUUUGUACUUUGAAAAUAUUAAUCUAGGCAUCCAUUAUC